GCGCAACGACGACAGAUAACCACCACAAACACUACCCCCCCCCCCACCACAUCGCCCCCCAAGAUGCAGUUCCCCUCGGCGUCGUCGCUGCUGCUGGCAGCUGGGCUCUUCACUUCCGCAGUCGCACACAACAUCCAGCUGCCAGCCCACGGCCGGGAAUGCUUCCACGAGGUCCUCCACAAGGAUGACAAGAUGACCGUGUCCUUCCAGGUGGGAGACAGGGAGUUUGGCGGCGCAGGAAAUCUGGAGAUCGACUUUUGGAUCACAACCCCAGUCGGACAGUACGAGGUUUUCGAGAAGGCCACCUCCAAUGGCGACCACUCCUUCGAGGCCAAGCACGACGGCAAAUAUCUCUACUGCUUUGGAAACGAGCACUGGGGCUCGUCCAGCAAGGAGGUCUCGUUCAACGUCCACGGCGUUGUCUACGUUUCCGAAUCCGACACACCAUCAGAUCCUCUCGAGGCUGAAGUCCGCAAACUCUCCGAGGUCCUGGCCCAGGUCAAGGACGAGCAGUCGUACAUUGUCGUCCGCGAGCGCACCCACCGAAACACCGCCGAGAGCACAAACAGCCGGGUCAAGUGGUGGAACGUCUUCAUCAUCGGUGUCGUCAUUGGCGAAUCUGUCUUCCAGGUCUGGUGGCUGAGGAGGUUCUUCGAGGUCAAGCGGGUCGUGUAGAUGUUGUUGCACCCCAACAACACAACGGAUACUUGAUUAAUACGAGCGGGCUCUGUUCUCAAUACCCAAGACGAGGAGCAUGCAAAGUCCAGCGCGUUGUGCAAUUUUAGGCGUAUCGGGAAACGGGCAAAGAAAGUGAACAUGACGGAUGGCUGUCAUGUAUGCUACUGUACGAAUGCAAGAUAUAUGGCAAAACCUGAGGGGUGACUCUGCCGAGCAGUAUGACUGAUGUGUUUCAGUAAUACUCUUGAUAUUAAUUAUCGCCAUAUCCAGGCAUUUUGUACCCCGGGUGUGCACGCAAUUACGGCAUAUCUGGAGGCUCAGUCGACAAGCUUAUAUCACAUCCUCUAUCGGCUAAGGAUUAUUACUGUGGAGCACCGCAAAUAAGUCCUCGACGAUCCAUGGGAAUCAACGAAAUAAGCCACGUUCAGUUCCAAAAGCACAACGACAAGCG